CGGUGGCCACCCCACCCUGGGCCUUUGCGCAGAUGCUGGAGCUCCGUACGCAGCCCGCACAUCUGGGACCCCGCCGGGCAGCGACGGGCACCCGGGCCGGGUCAUCGCUGGGGAUCUCCUCGCGGUAUCGUCCAGCCUGUUCUCGGACUUUGAAGCGGUGGCGUGGGAGGCUGGGAGAUCUGGGCACCCGCGCAGCCAGCCAGAUCUUACAGGUGAACAAGGUGAUGUCCAUCUUGUUUUAUGUGAUAUUUCUCGCUUAUCUCCGUGGCAUCCAAGGUAACAACAUGGAUCAAAGGAGUUUGCCAGAAGACUCGCUCAAUUCCCUGAUUAUUAAGCUGAUCCAGGCAGAUAUUUUGAAAAACAAGCUCUCCAAGCAGAUGGUGGACGUUAAGGAAAAUUACCAGAGCACCCUGCCGAAAGCAGAGGCCCCCCGAGAGCCGGAGCGGGGAGAGCCCGCCAAGUCAGAAUUCCAGCCAGUGAUUGCAAUGGAUACCGAACUGCUGCGGCAACAGAGACGCUACAACUCACCGCGGGUCCUGCUGAGCGACAGCACCCCCUUGGAGCCCCCACCCUUGUACCUCAUGGAGGAUUACGUGGGCAACCCCGUGGUGGCGAACAGAACAUCACGGCGGAAACGGUACGCGGAGCAUAAGAGUCACCGAGGGGAGUACUCGGUAUGUGACAGUGAGAGUCUGUGGGUGACCGACAAGUCAUCGGCCAUCGACAUUCGGGGACACCAGGUCACGGUGCUGGGGGAGAUCAAAACGGGCAACUCUCCCGUCAAACAAUAUUUUUAUGAAACGCGAUGUAAGGAAGCCAGGCCAGUCAAAAACGGUUGCAGGGGCAUUGAUGAUAAACACUGGAACUCUCAGUGCAAAACGUCCCAAACCUACGUCCGAGCACUGACUUCAGAAAACAAUAAACUCGUGGGCUGGCGGUGGAUACGGAUAGACACGUCCUGUGUGUGUGCCUUGUCGAGAAAAAUCGGAAGAACAUGAAUUGGCAUCUCUCCCCAUAUAUAAAUUAUUACUUUAAAUUAUAUGAUAUGCAUGUAGCAUAUAAAUGUUUAUAUUGUUUUUAUAUAUUAUAAGUUGACCUUUAUUUAUUAAACUUCAGCAACCCUACAGUAUAUAAGCUUUUUUCUCAAUAAAAUCAGUGUGCUUGCCUUCCCUCAGGCCUCUCCCAUCUGUUAAAACUUGUUUUGUGAUCUGGCUCUCAGGAGUCACUCUGUAAAAUCUGUGUACACCAGUAUUUUGCAUUCAGUAUUGUCAAGGCCAUGACUGUCGUUUUAGUAAACUUGUUAAAAUCA